AUGGAGUCCCAGAAGAGUUGUCUUCUGAUCACUUACUCCCAGGAGAUUGUAGAUGGAGUGCCUUUGUAUGUUUCAUCAAACUGCCAACCUGUAAAAGCUUUGAAAUAUGAACCUGCUGGUCAUUCAUUCCAUGCUGCGGCAAUGAAGCUUCUUGGUCUUGGGCAGCAUGAAGACAUAGAAACUGAUGACCGCAGUGUCUCAUCGGAUGACAAAAGCCAAGAUUUUAAUACUGCUUCUGAUACCUUUAGCAGCAAAGGGAAGAAGAAGUCAUCUGGCAGUCAACAGCAGGAUCACUAUGCAUUGCUUGGGUUGGGACACUUGAGGUUCUUGGCCACUGAAGAUCAGAUUCGGAAAAGUUACCGUGACAUGGCUCUCAAACAUCAUCCAGAUAAACAGGCUGCAUUGAUUCUUGCAGAGACAACAGAGGAGGCAAAACAAGCAAAAAAGGAUGAGAUAGAGAGCCAUUUCAAGGCCAUCCAGGAGGCCUAUGAAGUCCUCAUAGACCCUACAAAGAGGAGGAUUUAUGACUCUACAGAUGAGUUUGAUGAUGAUGUCCCAACAGACUGUGCCCCACAAGACUUCUUCAAGGUUUUUGGCCCAGCCUUCAUGAGAAAUGGACGCUGGUCUGUUACCCAGCCUAUUCCUUCUCUAGGAGAUGAUGCUACUCCUGUCGAGGAGGUUGAUAAGUUCUAUAAUUUCUGGUACAACUUCAAGAGUUGGAGGGAAUUUCCAGAUGAUGAUGAGUAUGACUUGGAGCAAGCUGAAUCUCGUGAACAUAAGAGAUGGAUGGAGAGGCAGAACGCAAAGCUACAAGAGAAGGCCAAAAAGGCGGAAUAUGCGCGAGUACGCACUCUUGUGGACAAUGCUUAUAAGAAAGACCCAAGGAUCCAGAGGAGGAAAGAGGAGGACAAAGCUGAGAAACAAAGAAGAAAGGAGGCGAAGUAUUUGGCAAAGAAAUUGCAAGAAGAGGAAGCAGCAAGAGCUGCUGAAGAGGAAAGGAUAAGGAAAGAAGAAGAGUCUAAGAAAGCUGCAGAAGCUGCUCAACAUCAGAAGAAGCUAAAGGAGAAAGAGAAGAAGCUGCUCCGCAAAGAGAAAACUCGUUUGCGCACUCUUGCAGCACCUGUGGUUGCAGAUAGCCGCUUUGGUAUGUCAGAGGAAGAUGUUGAAUCAACAUGUGCUAAACUUGAUAUGGAACAGCUGAAGAAGCUCUGUGAUGGAAUGGAUGGCAAGGAUGCAGCUGAAAAGGCCAGGUUGAUGAGCAAUGCACUUCACAAUGAAAGUUCCUCAAAGGAAGCGAAGAAAAUUGAAGCGAAUGGUGUGGAGCGUUCAGCUCCAAAAUCCAACUCUACAGGAGGUAGAGCAACAGAAGGCACUAGCAGCAUAUUGAACAGCUAUGAAAAAAAAGAGAGACCAUGGAGAAAGGAAGAGGUUGAGAUGCUUAGGAAAGCAAUGCAAAAGUAUCCUAAGGGAACUUCGAGAAGAUGGGAGGUUGUUUCAGAAUUUAUUGGAACUAACAGAUCGGUUGAGGAAAUUCUCAAGGCCACUAAGAGUGUUCUUCUUCAGAAACCAGACUCAUCGAAAGCUUUUGACUCUUUCCUUGAGAAGCGCAAACCGGCCCAAUCUAUUGCUUCACCUCUUUCGACCCGGGAUGAAAUUAGUUCCUCAACUGAGGGAGCUGGGACUGCAUCGUCAAAGGCCGCGGCACAACCUGCGAGUAGCCAGACAGCCAAUGGGAAAGCUGCUGCUGAUCCUGUCCCGGAUGGAGCACCAUCUGUGGCAGAUCCAGAUGCCUGGACAGAGGCGCAGGUCCUGGCUCUAGUCCAAGCUUUGAAGGCUUUUCCCAAGGAUGCAAGCCAAAGAUGGGAGCGUGUGGCUGCUGCUGUCCCAGGCAAAACUGUAGUCCAAUGCAAGAAAAAGGUUGCAGCAAUGAGAGAGAAUUUCCGGAGCAAGAAAACUGGGGAGUAG